AGAUAUUUCAUGUCAUGUGGCUGUUAAUUCCCAAACAAAUGUAUGGGUCAUUGGCAAACCAAUUGGCACCAACUUGUUGCAAAGGAAAACCCAAAUCCUUUGGCUACUAAACCAAGAAAACCCAGUUGUGCUAGAGUUUAUGAUUUCCGAGUGGUUGAAUCUUCCAGGCAGAUCAACUUCAAUUUCUUUCUGAAAGUUUCUCCUUAUUUUAGUUCAACCUUGAUUUCUAUUUUCUUCUUCUUCUUCUUCUUUUUUUUUUCCCUUUCUUCAAGUUCCUUUCUUUUUGUAUUAAGUUUUACCUACUUUUGCUCAAAAAAAGAAAAAAAAAGACCCAACCUAAUUGAAGUUGUUCUUUAUGUUUUUCUUGAACCAAGUAAGAACUAAAAGACUGUUUGGAUUUUGAAAUGUGUUUAUAUUCUUCAAUUUGAGCUUGUCAAGCAUGGGCUGCGGAUUUUGCGAGGCUGCUCUUUCUAACACAGUUGGAACACUGGUUGUGAACUGUGUGGUGAAGCCGGUAGGACGUCAACUUGAUUAUGCCUGUCGCUUUCAUGAAAAUGUUGAAAAGCUCCGAGAGAAAAAGCGUGAACUUGCAGAUGCACGAAAGCGUCUACUACUUAAGAUUGAGGAAGCUAAAAACCGGCUUCUACUAAUUGAAGAUGAUGUACAGAACUUGCAAUCAAGGGUAGACGAAACACUAUCGGAUAUGGGAACUCUGGAGGAGGAAAUCCAACUGAAUAAGAGGUGUCUCAAUUGGUGUCCUAAUUGGAGUUGGAGAUAUCAAUUAAGCAAGAAAGCAAUGAAGAAAAUCCAGGAUAUCUCUGAGAUUUUGAACAAAUUUGGUCAACUUGGACCAGUCGGUUACCCUGCUCCUACUGCCCUUCCCACUAUAGAUUUCCUAUGUUCCAAGGAAUUUGUGUUUUCGAAAUCUUCAGAGACUGCAUUCUAUCAAAUCAUUGAAGCCUUAAAAAAUGAGAAUAUCAACAUGAUUGGGUUGUGGGGGAUGGGAGGGGUGGGCAAGACCACCCUGGCUCGUGAAGUUGGAAGCCAAGCUCAAAAACUGAAUUUGUUUGACAAAGUUGUGAUUACAACUGUGUCUCAAAAGCCAAAUCUUGAGAGAAUUCAAGAUCAGAUUGCACAAUACAUAGGCUUUGAUAUGAAGAAUGAACAAGGAAGAAGAUCCGAGCAAGAAUUAUGGGUAAGGCUGAAGAAUGAACCGAGGAUUCUUAUCAUUGUUGAUGAUAUUUGGGAAUCCAUCAACUUAAAGGAGAAGAUGGGAAUUCCAAUUGGGGAUGAUCAUAAAGGCUGCAAAGUUCUUUUAACAACACGCCGUCAACAAGUAUGUCAAGCUAUGGAUUGUCAAAACGUGGUACAACUUGGCUGUUUGAAUGAUGAUGAAGCCUGGACUCUGUUUGAAAAGAAAGCAGGUCUAGAUGACUUUUCUGAUGAUUCUAUUAAAAUCCUAGCAAAUCAAAUUGUCAAAAAAUGCGGGGGUUUGCCUAUAGCUAUAGUUCCGCUGGGAAGUGCCUUGAAAGGUAAAACCCAUCAUGAGUGGCAAGCUGCAUACCGGAGACUCAAAGAUCGUAGAUUGACUGAAAUUGAGGAUGUUAAUGAAGAAAAUGCCUAUGUAUGUCUUGAGGCGAGCUUCGACUACUUGAAGAAUAUGGAGACCAAGACAUGUUUCUUGUUGUGCUCUUUAUUUCCUGAAGAUGAUGAGAUUUAUGUGGAGAACUUGGUAGGAUAUGCAUGGGGACUGGAGUUGUAUAAAGGCAUGGACUCAAUUAAAGAUGUUAGAAGUGAAGUGCUUGCAUCAAUUAAGACCCUCAAGAACUCCGGUUUGUUGCUAGAUUGCGGAGAAAGGCAUGUCAAAAUGCAUGACGUCGUUCGCCAAUUUGCUUUGUGGAUAGCAUCUUCAAGAAAGGAGAUUUCUUUUGGGACUGUUGAAACACUCCCGAUGGGUGAAAGUUUCAAGCAUUACACAGCAAUCUCCUUCGAAACUGAUCAAACGGAUGAACUUCCUAAAGGAGUGGGUUUUCCAUACCUCAAACUUCUUUUACAUGGUGGCAAUCGUUUCAUGGAAACUUCAAGCGAAUUCUUUGAGGGUAUGAAGGCAUUACAAGUUUGUGCUUUGAAAGAUCAAUUGAUAUCUCUGUCUACAUUUCAGUUUCAUAUGAACCUUCAGACUUUGUAUUUGAUUAAUUGUAAACUCUCUGACAUCUCAAUGCUUGGGAAGCUGAAGACACUUCAUAUUCUCUCUUUAAGUCUAUCUGAUAUCACUGAAUUGCCGACUGAAGCUGGUGAUUUGGAAAAUCUAAGACUGUUGGAUUUAUCGUAUUGCUAUGAACUACGAAGAAUCACUCCUAAUUUAAUACGAAGAUUGUCCAAUUUAGAAGAACUAUAUUUGCAUGGUUGUAGUUCAUUAAAAUGGGCGACUGAGAAUUCAACUAAAAGGGACAGCUAUUCCAGCCUAUCAGAGUUGAAUUUAUUGCCAAAGUUGGUUGUAAUAUCAUUGGAUAUUUCUUCUGAACAUUUUCUAGAUGGCUUUGUGUUUCGUAGACUAUGGAGCUUUGAUGUUUGCAUUGGCAUAAAAAGAGAACUGCUGUACCGAAAGAGGGACCUUGAAACUUGUCCAAUCUCAAGAUCUUUGAGAAUCGAUAAGUCUGUAGAUGCAUGCAAGCAACUACUUGAAGAUGUAGAAUCUCUUCAAUUGAAUAAGGUGGAGGGUCACCCAAACCUUAUUCCGAGCUUGGACUUGGGAUUUAGAAAGUUGACUUCUCUAGAUCUUCGACAGUGCCACUCUAUGCAAUGCCUAAUUGAUGCAUCAAAGCAGCAAGUGCCAAUCACUGCACUCUCAAAUUUGAGAAAGUUAUCAUUAAGUCAUAUGUUUCAUUUGGAAGAGAUAUGCAAUGCUCCCCAGCCGCAAGGUUUUUUACAAAAGCUUGAAGAGGUUAUAGUUUCAGAUUGUGGUGAGAUGCAAGUGUUAUUCCCAAUUGCUGAAUUGAGGAGCAUAGAACAAGAAGGGCCCAGUCGUCAUUUAAGCCUCCAAAGUCUGAAGAUUGUUGAAAUAGAGGGGUGCAAUAAUUUGAAAUAUAUCUUCCCAAUGUCAGUUGCUAAUAGCCUUGGGCAAUUGCAUACUUUGAAGAUAAAGAGUUGCUCGCAAUUGGAAGAUAUAAUCCAAGACCAACAAGUGGCAUACAAGUGUCUACUCCAAAGUCUAAGGGAAGUUUCGUUGAUUGACUUGCCUCAAUUGAAAAAAACGGAUGUGAACGGCAUUUUGCUCACACAAUCGUCUUUGCAGAAGUUAAUAGUACACAAUUGUCUUCAAUUGACACAUUUUAUUAUUUCAACUACGAUACAAGAAUUGGUGAUUGGGAAGAUGACAAAUGAACAAUUGAGCAAUUUGCAUUCAUGUAAAUAUGAGGAAUUGGAGCAAGAUCAAACGUCAUCACAACAUCAUCCCCUACCUCUUUGCUUUCCAAAUCUGAUUCGAAUUUAUAUCUUGGAAUGUGAAAGCUUGAAAUCUCUCUUUCCAAUUAUUGUUGCUCAAGGUAGCUCUAAAACACUAAAUGUGCCCAAUUUGCAAACUCUGAAGAUAGAGAGGUGCCUUGGAAUGGAAGAAAUAAUCCAAGACUCACAACUACCAACCAUAAGCUUCCAAUGCCUAAGGGAAGUACAAGUCACAGAAUGCAAUAAGUUGAAAUUUCUCUUCCCAAUGUGUGUUGCUAAUAGUCUUGGGAAAUUGCAAACUCUGAAGAUAGAGAGGUGCUUUGGAAUGGAAGAAAUAAUCCAAGACUCACAAGUAUCAACCAUAAGCUUCCAAUGCCUAAGGGAAGUACAAGUCAGAGAAUGCAAUCAGUUGAAAUUUCUCUUCCCAAUGUGUGUUGCUAAUAGUCUUGGGCAAUUGCAAACUUUGAGGAUAGAGAGUUGUUUCCAAUUGCAAGAAAUAGUCCAAAGACCAGACGUGUUAAUCUCAAUGUCUCAAGGUCUUGAACGAUUGAAUGAAGUUGAGUUAAUUAAUUUGCCUCAAUUGAAAGGAAGGGAUAGAAACGACAUCGUGCUGAUAUCGCCAUCUUUACACGUGUUAAAAGUGAGAGAUUGUCCUCAAUUGACACUUUUUAUCGUUCCAACUAAUAUACAAGAAUUGUACUUCUCGGAGAUGACAGUCCCUGAAAGGAGAGGAAGAACAUCAACAUGUACGGAAUAUUUAACAAUUUUCAAUUUUGAAGAGUUAUUUGAAUAUUCUGGAUAUAAUCUUUCAACUCUAAAGAUCCUAAUGUUGUCCAAACUAACUGAAUUGCGGAUGAUAUGGAGUGGUCCCAUCCAAGUUGAACACUUUCAAAACCUCACUCAAUUGCUAGUCAAUGAUUGCAGAAGGUUAAGAUACAUCUUCUCACUUACCAUCGCUCGAAAUUUUCCACAAUUGUCGACUUUGUAUAUAUAUGAGUGUGAGGAAUUGGAGCAAAUAAUAGAGAAGGAUCAAACUUCAUCACAACAUCAUCUCCACCCUAUUUGCUUCCCUAGUUUGAGUUCGAUUACAAUCAUUAACUGUGAAAACUUGAAACGUCUCUUCCCCAUUACUCUUGCUCAUGGCGGCCUUCCAAACCUAGAUGAAUUAUACCUUAGAAGUGUCUCCAAAUUAGAGCAGGUGUUUGAAGGAGAUGAGCCAAAUGUGAGUAAGGACGAAGAGAAAGUGAUACGCCUACCUCGAUUAACCAGCUUAGUGCUUGGUAACCUACCAAACCUUGUGAGCUUCAGCCCUGUGGGUUAUCAUUUUGUUUUCCCAUCUUUGAGGGGUUUACGAGUAAGAGGUUGUCCCAACAUAACCACAAGAUUUAGUGUUGAUUCAAAGCGAUCAGUGCAUGCCAAAACACAGGCAAGCCAAUCAGUUGAUGAAAUUAUAGUGGAAGAAUCUGCUACAGCUCAAGAAACUGCAUGGCCAAUUGGUAGUGAUAUAUGUUGGACCGAAGAGGAAGAUGAAAGACAUUUUGAAUUUUAAAAUGAAUGGAGCAGUAAAUGAAGUAAUUUCUAUUUGAAAAUUAAGCAUUGUCAACGUUUAAAUUGAAGGUCAUUUAUUCGUUAUUAUGUACCAUUUAUCCGUUAAAUUGAAGAUAGAUUUACUGAGCUAUAACCAAAAACAAA